AUGCCGGUCGGUGCAAAUUAUGACGAAGAGGAAGAAAUGCUGCUGCUACAAAUGGCGGAUAACAUCGAGCCCGUUUCCCCAAGUCUCAGAGCAGUGAUGGCGACAACGGAGAUCAGGGACACAUACCAGGGACAACGACAUGUAUCCCCUUUGCUCAUGGAACGUCCCAAAAGCUCGGGGAUGGAUAUGGCGGCUUUCUGCUUCAGCAAGCCUGCUCAGGGGCCGAACUCAUUCUCUCUUCAGGGAGAAGAUAAAGGCUCAGAAAAGGCAACUGCCUCUUUCAUGGGCUCGGUGGCGCCUAAUCCAGAUACUGACCAGAAUGGUGGGCUUCAUUCGCAUUCGCUUCUCACUGCGAAUCAAAGGUCCAAAGUCACAAAAAGACGUAAAGGCCGAGCUAUAAGGGCCCCUCUCCUGCCUUCCGAAAAUGGAGGGUCUCAGCUUUCAGAAGAAGACCUGUUCCAACUAAUGAUCACCCGUAUCAGGGACCGCGAAAAUUCUGUUAUUGCAGCUGUUCACCUUAAGGAGCAGAUGGAGACUGAUAUGAUGAAAAUGGCAGAGGAGAACAAUGCACUAAAAGGUCAGCUAGAGCUCUCCGGAAGGAAACAACAGAAUCAAGCGGCUGCACUAAAGGCCUACAAGUCUCGAAUGGAUACGUGGAGGUCGAAGUUUCUAAAGUUCAAAGGUUUCCUAAAUGAACUCGGCUGCGACUAUCAGAAUCUUCGCGGUGAGGCCAUCCAGCUCAAGGCAGCGCGAAAAACAUUGUUGAAUGAGCGGAGUGAGAUUACUUCAAGCAUCAACGAAGCAAAAUCACAGUUAGCUAUGAUCUCAAAUAGAGCAGAUAACAGACGGGACGAGAUUUUGAAGUUGGAGAGCCAAGGCGACUUACUGAGACGAUCACUAAGCGGUGCAGAGGAGAGUGUCAAGUAUCUCCAAAGUCAGCUAUCCGAUGAGAAGAAGAGAUCGAAGCGUCUGGAACUGUUCAUCCAAGACUGUUCGCAGACCCAAGCAGCGAAGCUGGCCCUGAUUCGGUCUGAUCAACUUGGAAUUAUGAAGUCCCUUGGUUCUGCAUUCGAAAUCUUAUGCUAUCAGCAUGACUCCAGUACCAAGGCACUCCGAGAGAGCAUUGGUUCAGAUGUCCGCGGAUGUCUGUCUUCGCUAAAAGAGAUCAGGGAGACGCUCACGGCCAACAAAGCAGAUGGACAGGAUUGCAAAGAGAUUUUCCGGGGUUUCAUAUCUCGAAUGGACCCAGUGAUGCAUGAACUGAGUGCAGGUAUCUGCGAAGUAACUGAGACAAAUACGAACUUAGCGCAGAGUCUGAAAGAACAGCUCCAAUUGACCAAGGACCAUAUGGUCAGCGAAUCGUUUCUAACGGAGAGGCUUACCAGAGACGUAGAAAGCCGCAACAGCCUUCAGGAGAGACUGAAGACGUUUCUUGAGGCCAUCGAAAAGAUUAGCUGUUCAAUACAGACAUUUGAGCAUAAAGAAAUGGGUCUUGCGGAUCAGAUGAAAACUCUGGAAAUGAACCUAUCGGAGAUGCAAAUUCCCCAGAAUAUCGAGCUCCUCAGAGAGGAGAGCUUCCGCCACAAUCGAGAAGUUGUUGAAAUGGAACAAAAGAUCCGUCUCUUGUCGGAAGAGCUCAGGCAGGCGGAAUUUACCAUAACAGCCAAAGACCACGAGAACGAGGCUAUUAAGAUAUCUCUCCUCGAAACAGAAUCGAGGUCUCACGAGACUGAGUCUCGCGUACGUCAAGCUGAAUCAGAAGCUGCUGCACUUCGUGAUGAAGUCAAAGCUGUGGAAGCAAGGGUCCGCGAGGAGCUCAGCAGAGCCAGUGUUGUCUCUCGGGAACUUGAUAGAGCGAAGAACGAGCAAGUUCUUCAUGAGCUUCUGCGGGAAAAGACUGAUAUCGAGAGAAACAUGGAAAUAGUUACAGCGGAACUGGCAGAAGCUCAAUUAGUGCUGGUAAGGUUAACAUACCUCUACAAGCAGCAAGAAAAAGAGGUUGAGGAUCUACGGAUCCAGUUAACAGAGAGUAUGGCAAAGGUGGAGGGUCAAGAGAAUGAAAUCGAAAGACUCAUGGAAUUGGAGUCCUCGAUGAAAACGCAGCAGGAGUCUCUCCGCCAGCAGCUGGAAGAUUCCACGGUCCAAAUUUCCAGCCUUGAAGGCGAAUGCUCUAAGAUGAAUAAGGAGAAUGGGGACGAAUUGGAAGAUCUGCACCGAAAGCAAGAUGUACUCCAAAAGGUUCUUCAGACGAAGGAAGAUGAAUGUAGCCUCUUCCAGGCGAAGCUUACCGCUGUGAUGUCCGAGAAAUCUGAGCUCGUGAACAGCAAAGCGAAGGCCAAAGAGGAGAUCCAUACAUUACUCAAAAGGGUGCAGGAAUCUGAGCACUGGGUCAACAAGAUCAAGGAGAUGCUCACUCAGGUGGGGCUUUCUGCGCCGGAAGAGUCAUUUUCGGUGGCAUGGAGCAUGUUGGAAAUGAUAUUACGCUCGUUCCAGAUCGAGACAACACAGGCACAACUGAAUACACCUGGCAAGAACAUCCGCGGGUUGAAUACUGAAGCUUUGACGCCCCAGAGGGUUGUAAGCCUUGGACAUGAGCUAUUCACGGCUACAGAACUGGUCUACAAAACGCAGAGCAUGCAGGCAAGCAUAAUUUCCUCUCCGUUUCCACAAGCCAAAGUCACAGAAAGCAACUUUGGCCGUCAACAGGAUUUAUCCUCGGUCCGGACACCCAAAAUUGUGCCAUUCUCGAGCAUUCGACAGUCCUCCCAGGACGGUUGCUCACUUUUUGGGAAUGAAGAAGAUGACAUCGCAGCUAUGAUGAUGCUCACGCAGGAGAAAAAGGCCGUCGUCCCAUCGGAUACCCAGAGAAAUCCCGACGAGCACCAAACGGUGGAUCUGGAGAAGGAUCUCGGAGAGGAGAAACAAGCCACAAAGCCGGACUCUCCUAAGAAAGCCGAUGGAGACGUCGACACAGUCAAUGGCACGGCUUCGUCUCAAAAGCACAGCUCCCAGGCAGAGUUGAAGGGUGAGCAGAUACCGGACGAUAAAAAGGAUAUUAUCAAAGAGCAGACAAAGCAGAAGGCAGUCACUUUCGAAGCACAAAGCCCGACUGCACAGAAGCGCAAACUACCCGAGCCUCAGAGUGGUGACAUUCGAGAUAUGAUUGAGGACAGACCCCGUACUACUCGGCGGACCUAUUCCAGAAAUCGACAGAACCCUGUGGCCCGAGCUGCUGAACACGAUGUCUCUGUGUCCAUGGACGCCAAUACUAGUGGCAACACUCGUGCCGAUACUACACGCUCAAACGAAAACAAACGAGCACGAGAUUCAGACCCUUCUGGUGCUAGACCACAGAAGCCGGUGAAUGAGUACUUUGAGCGCAAGUCCAGUCCUACAAAACUGGCCUCUGGAAGCAGCAAAGCACCCUCGAUGAAUCCCAGUCAGAGCAAUAGUCAAAAGAUGACUCGUGGAAGGGGCGGACGAAAGACGAGAGGUGAGCAGCACACGCGAAGACAGACUGACGCUAAGACUAAUAGGCGAUCACUACAACGCCCGGUUCAACCGGGGAAAGUAAUACUGUCCGUGAGGGAUACAGAAUGCCCAAUGUCAGGAAUUGACAGUGAGAUGUGUGCAGCGACUAUUCUUCCAAUUUCAUCUUUCCCCCACCCCGUUUUACCACCCCCUUAUUUUGUUUCGCAAGCUACCUCCAAUUUGCCAGUGUAA